CUUGACCCAAAUCAACUUAAUAUAAAGUAAAUAUCGUAUACAAACAUCAUUUAAACUCGCAAAAUUGUAAAAAUGUGUACAAUCUACUGAAAGUCAUGUUUACAGAGAACAAAUAAAAGCGUUGACACAAAUAUCUAUUGCAAAUUAACAAUCGGUAUAUUUAUAUCCAAUCAUAUAAAAAACGAUAACCUCGUACGUAUCGCAUCAGUUGCGGUUUUCUCCUCGACACAGAAUGUUCUUCUUAAUGUACUGGCAGUUUUUUGCCAUACCAAUAUGCGCAUUUAUUUCGCUCAAGUUACUUCAGCACUACGUCAACGGUAAAAAAAUUUCCAAUUUGCACCAAAGUGAAAGUGAAUUAAAAACAACCGAUCAAGUUGCUGAAAUUAAGGAGAAUGAAGAUAGCAGCAGUGAUGCAGAGGAAGAGGAAUGGACGCCAAGUUUGGAAAACGUCGAGCACGUACCCUUAAUAUUUGAUGUGAUAUCCCCCGAGGAAUCGCUAAAGCGUUCGAAUAUCUAUUACGAAUUGAUGAACAAGAGAAGAACUGUUAGGCACUUUUCGGAUAGAGACGUUCCCGUUGAGAUUUUACAUAAUUGUAUCAAAACUGCAGGUACUAGUCCAAGCGGAGCACACACGGAACCGUGGACGUUCGUUUUAGUUAAGAGUCUGGAAAUGAAGCGACAAAUUCGCGCUAUUAUCGAAGAGGAGGAAGAAAUAAAUUACAAAAAGCGCAUGGGAAAAGUGUGGACCGGAGACUUAAAGCCUUUCCGUACGAACUGGAUCAAAGAGUAUCUCACGGAGGCGCCGUACUUAAUUCUCAUGUUCAAACAGACGCACAGUUACCGGCAGUCAGAUGGUCGGAAAAAGUUGCACUAUUACAAUGAGCAGAGUAUUUGUAUUUCGGCUGGUAUUUUAAUAUCUGCUAUACACAAUGCUGGUCUUGUAUCGUUAACAUCUACUCCGUUAAACUGCGGACCAGCGUUAAGGGCUCUACUGGGACGUCCUAAAAAUGAAAAGUUAACGUUGUUACUACCUGUGGGUUAUCCUACAAACGACUGUCAAGUACCGGGAAUAGCACGUAAGCCGUUAGAGGAGAUUUUGGUCGAAUUUUAAUUGUAUAUUACUUAAUAUUUUAUUUGCGUUUGUAGCGAUACAUUUACAUUUAAUUUUGUUCAUUGUUUGAUAAUUAAUUAAUAAAUUUCAAAUUAUUAAGGAAAUAUAA